GGCAGGGGCAGUGUGUGCAGGGGUCCUUUGUGACACGGUGUACCAUGGUCACCACGCCAUGGAACGGGUGUCCUAGAGCCCUUUGUGACACGUGGUGACAUAGGAGCUGGUGGCGACAAGAACACUCCACAGUGCUCGGAGCACACAACGGGACAGGACGAGACAGAGCAGUGCUGUGAGGAGCCCCACACAGCACACUCGUUCGUGUCUGACCCGGAGCCUUUCCGAGGUGUUAUUCCUGCAGCUGACCUCGAGGCCAGACCACAGGACUUGCUGACCCGUGGCCUUCCCGAGGCUUCUCUCCUGCAGGUGCCCUCGAGGGCAGACCGUGGGCUUUGGUGCCCCGGAGGCAUCUCCCAUCCUGCUGCCAGUGCCCUCGAGGCCAGACCACCAUCCUUGACAGGACUCUCCUGCCCUUGUGGCAGGAGCCCUCCAGAGCAGAGUGCAGGACGUGCUGUCCUGUAGCCCUCCUGAGGCUUCGCUCUUGAAGGUGCCUUCCAGGCACAACUGCAGGGCUUGCUGACUCGGAGUUUUUCCGAGGCAUCUCUCCUGCAAGCAGCCACAAAUCCAGUCAGUGACAUGGACCAGAGACCCAAGCUGGCCUGUGUGGAGGAAGAGGAAGAAGGCCCUGGAGCUGCCCCAGCACAGGAGAUGGAAGAGGUGGUGCUGUUCAAGCCACUGCAGGAGAAUGCAGCCGUGGAGCGCACACAAGAGCAGCAAUCCAGCCGUGGCCUCUUCCACAGAACAGCACAGCUGGUUUGCAAAUUAAUCAGGAGAAUUCGGGAGGAAGAGACCAGCACCGUGGGCACUGGGCUCAGAGCAUACUCGCACAUCUUCAAAACCAAGACCAGUGCUGCCCUGCUGGAUAUGCUGGUAGAGGAGGGCUUUUGCAAUCCAAAGCAAGUAAGCAGCCCGUGGCCAGGGUUUGAUCCUGCCAGGAAUUGCUUGGCCUCCCAAGCAACACCCACUGGUCACUGGAAGCCUUUGAGGCCAUGGCAGUGUGGUGGGAAGGGAAGCACUUCUCUGGGCAAGGUGGGGACAUUCCUCCCUCUGGCAGCUGUCCAAGUCUCCCCGUGCCUUCUCCAGGUGCCCGCCAUGGUCAGGUACAUCCACCAGUGGCUCACGGCCAAUCAGUUUGCUGAGCACAGGCUGAACAGGACCCUGCUGGAUCUCACCGAAGCACAGCCCGCUGACGUGCUGGUGACGCUCCUGCGUGUGGCCCCAUCCUGUGACAGAGCUGCUCUGACCAUGUGGAAGAGCAUCAUGUGCUCGCCCAGGACUGCGGAGCCUGCGCUGCUGAUACUCCUGGAUGUGCUGGGGAGCUGGCCCGAGCACAGCAUGUGCACCUCUGAUGGGGACAAAACGGGUGUCUUGGUCCUGGCUGCCACUGUGGUGAUGUGGAAGAUCCUCCAGGUGCCCUGUGUCCCACACAUGGUGACGGUGUAUUUCCCCCGCCUCUUUGUGCAUCUGCUCUUCCAAGUGUUCUUCACCACUCUGGAUAUGCCAGAGGAGGUCCAUACCUUCUGGAAGGGAUGCCAAGAGCAAUAUGACCUUGCCGCCAGCCCCAACAGGUUUGCAGUGCGGACCCUGAAGUCCCUGCUCUGCCGAAUGCAGCACGAGGAUGUGGUGGUGGCGAUGGAAGCACCAGCGUGUGGCUGGGACACGCUGCUGUGUGCUGACACCCACCACUAUGCCGUGGCUCUGCUGGCCAGGUGAGACCCCCUUCUCCCCGCUGCCUCUGACAUUUGUGCUCUGUGCCCAGGGUGCCCCACACAGUCCCCAUGGUCGCGGGCCAGAGGGCCUUGUCACCGAGGGACAGCCAAGCAGACUGGAAAAGGCUGGGAGAGGAGGGUGCCCACAAGGAGCCACCUCCCCAAUAGCCCAGGGUCCCUUGCAGGAUGCUGGGGAAAGACCAGACCUCUGUGAGUCGGUCCUGGCAGAGCUUUGUCCCCAUGGCCCACAGUCUUGGUGACUUUCUCUCCUGCCAGGGAGAUGUCCUGUGUCUCCAUCUCCUUGUGCUCCCGCAUCGCUCGCUACCUGCUCCGGCUGCUCAGCACACAGGAGCCACGCUGGGAG